CUGAACUGUCUUCUCUUCAUCUGCAGCUUCAUCAGACUCUCAGGUGCUCAGGACAUCACUACGAUGAAGCGUCACGUCACAGCUUCACCGUCCGCAUGGAUAACGUCCAGGAGUCUGGCUAUUACUGGUGUGCUAUUCAUAUUCCUUCAGCUUUUGAUAAACGGGCGAGGUUUUUCUUAAACGUCACAGCAGAGUCUCCAGGACUUCUCGUGAACUCUCAGAAUGUGACGGGAUCUGAGAAUGGCAGCGUAACCAUCAGCUGCUACCACCAGGGAGGACAAUAUGGUGUAAAAUGGUGUAAGUUUGGAGGUCAGUGCAUUACAGGAGCAUCUGGGAGGUUAGACGGAGCCUCGGUUGAGAUCAGAUAUGGUCUGAGAAACACGACUGUGAGCAUGAGCCGACUGAAGAAGGAGCACACGGGAUGGUACUGGUGCUCGACAGAAGAGCUGCAGAUGCCUGUUCAUAUCACUGUCCAUCAGAAGAAGAGCAGAGAGAGUCCGGAUACAGCAGAGUCUGAUCAGAUCUCAGCCAGCGCUCGCAGAAGGACGGCUAUCUUAUUUCUGUUGCCUGUGAUUUUGGAGAUUCUCCUAAUGAUAAUCAUUUACUUGGCACUGAAACUGCUGAAGUUUUGCAAAAAAAGAUUCCUGCAGUCUGAGGAUGAAGCAGAGGAGGCUCAGUAUGUGACGAUGCACAGAAAGCAGUCGUCGCGUUCAUAUGGCUGUGCUGCUGCUGAAGGAGUGUAUGAAAAUAUGGCUGGACUCAAAACAAACAGUGAGUCUCAGAGAGAUCCGGAUUAUGUGAACAUUAUGAAGAUGUGAUUGUGGACCUGGAUCAACUUUAAUAUCAGUUUAUUUAAUAUCUUCCAUUGGCCACAAAUUCAACACAGAAAAAUAUUCCAUAAUUAAGAGAUUAUUCAAAGCUGUAUUCAUUAAACAAAAUAUCCUGGUGAAUUAAUAAAGA